CGUUUUGCAUGUGCUCGUGCUGCGGUUUCAGGGGGGGGAAAGAAGGAGGGUCCGUGCUAGCCGCGCCGCAGCGAUGUCGGACGACGAGAGGGAGGAGAAGGAGCUGGAUCUCACUUCCCCUGAUGUCGUCACCAAGUACAAGAGCGCCGCUGAGAUCGUCAACAAGGCCUUGCAGCUAGUCGUUUCGGAAUGUAAACCGAAGGCUAAGGUUGUGGACGUUUGUGAAAAGGGCGACUCCUUUAUCAGAGAGCAAACGGGAAACAUGUACAAGAAUGUCAAGAAAAAGAUCGAAAGGGGUGUUGCGUUUCCAACUUGUAUUUCUGUUAACAACACCGUCUGCCAUUUUUCUCCCUUGGCGAGUGACGAGACAGUUUUUGAAGAAGGUGAUAUAUUGAAAAUUGAUAUGGGGUGCCAUAUAGAUGGUUUCAUUGCUGUAGUGGCGCACACACAUGUUCUUCAAGAAGGACCACUAACGGGUCGAGCAGCAGAUGUAAUUGCUGCGGCAAAUACCGCUGCAGAAGUUGCUUUGAGGCUUGUUAGACCGGGAAAAAACAACAAAGAUGUAACAGAAGCAAUCAAUAAAGUUGCAGCUGCAUAUGACUGCAAGAUUGUCGAAGGUGUGCUUAGUCACCAGCUGAAGCAGUUUGUGAUAGAUGGCAACAAGGUUAUCAUAAGCGUCUCAAAUCCAGACACAAAAGUUGAUGAGUUUGAAUUUGAGGAGAAUGAAGUUUAUGCAAUAGAUAUUGUCACAAGUACAGGCGAGGGGAAGCCUAAACUGUUGGAUGAGAAGCAGACGACUGUAUAUAAGAGAGCUGUGGACAAGAAUUAUCACUUGAAGAUGAAGGCCUCUAGGUUUAUUUUCAGUGAAAUAAACCAGAAAUUUCCCAUCCUACCAUUCAGUGCAAGGGCACUAGAAGAGAAAAGGGCCCGGCUGGGAUUAGUUGAAUGUGUAAAUCAUGAGCUCUUGCAACCUUAUCCUGUACUUCAUGAGAAGCCUGGUGAUUUUGUUGCCCGUAUCAAAUUCACUGUCUUAUUAAUGCCGAAUGGGUCAGAUAGGAUUACAUCCCAUUCGCUGCAGGAGCUUCAGCCGACAAAGACGAUAGACGAUCCCGAGAUCAAGGCUUGGUUGGCUUUGGGGACCAAAACCAAGAAGAAAGGUGGAGGGAAGAAGAAGAAAGGUAAGAAAGGUACUGAAUCAGCAGAGGCCGAGCCAAUGGAUGCGACAACAAACGGCGCCCAAUCUCAAGAAUGAUCUCCUUUGUUUUUCGGUUGUUCCUUUUCUCCAAUUUUGAUACCCUAAACCAUGUUAGCAUGAUUGUGUAUUGUGACUUAUCAUGGCAUGCAGUCGAGCUGUUUAAGGGUUGUCGAAUUCAACAUAUUUCAUAUCGACACUUUUCGACUGCCAUCCAUCUUUAUAAAGGAAGUGACGACGCCUAAUGCUGUCUAGUCAGUCUUUCCCAAA